UCCGCUAACAAAGAAAGAAAGAAAGAAAGAAAGAAAGAAGAUAGCAACCAUCUUACAGACAGAGAGAGAGAGAGAGAGAAAGAGAUGGAGGGGAUUGAGCACAGGACGGUGACAGUCAACGGCAUCAACAUGCACGUCGCGGAGAAAGGGCAAGGCCCCCUCCUGCUCUUCCUCCACGGCUUCCCGGAGAUCUGGUACACCUGGCGCCACCAGAUCCUGGCCUUCGCAGCCCUCGGCUACCGCGCAGUCGCCCCUGACCUCCGCGGCUACGGAGACUCCGACGCUCCGGCUUCCCCUUCCGCCUACACCUGCUUCCACGCCGUGGGCGACCUCGUGGCACUCAUCGACUCCCUUGAAGCCAGCGAGGCGUUCGUCGUGGGACACGACUGGGGCGCCAUGAUCGGCUGGUACCUCUGCUUGUUCCGGCCGGACAAGGUGAAGGCCUUCGUCAGCCUCGCCGUGCCGUUCCGCCCGAGGCAUCCCAAGAUGAAGCCCGUCGAGACCAUGCGAGCUUUCUUCGGAGAUGAAUACUACAUGUGCAGAUUUCAGGAACCAGGAGAGAUGGAAGCAGAGAUUGCAAGAUAUGGCACUGCCGAAGUACUCAGGAAAAUUCUAACUGAUCGGAGGCCAGGCCCCCCUCGUCUCCCCAAAGAUAACCCAUUUGGCAUCUCUGCUGACGCUGCGUUGCAGCUGCAGCCCCAGCUCCAGCUCCAGCUCCAGCUCCCCUCUUGGUUUCAGGACGAAGAUCUUAAAUACUACACCUCCAAAUUUGACCAAAAGGGCUUCACCGGAGGGCUCAACUAUUACCGUGUCUUGGAUCUAAACUGGGAGCUGACAGCGCCAUGGACGGGCAUGCAAGUGAAAGUGCCAGUGAAAUUUAUUGUGGGGGACCUAGACAUGACUUACACCACGCCUGGGAUCAAGGAGUACGUUCACAGUGGGGGGUUGAAGAGGGAUGUGCCGCUGCUGGAGGACACGGUUGUCUUGGAAGGAGUCGGCCACUUCCUCAACCAGGAGAGACCUGACCAAGUCAACAAACUCGUUUAUAGCUUUAUCAAUAAGUUCUGAUUGAUUUUUUGUUUCACCUCCUCUUGUCUUUGUACUUCCACCUAGUAUCUUCACGUUAAGCAACUCAAUCUAUAAUAAUACAUAUAUUGGAUGUGUGUAGGGUUUGUUAAAGAGUGUACCCUGUUGUUAAGUAUUGAUUAUUCCAGUAAUUUAUUAUGCUGUUUACUAGGCA